UUCACCAGGACGAAAACUACCAAGCAAUUUGAGGAGCCACUGAUUACCAGCUUCAAGUGUGUAGAGGAGCAGUUUCUGCACUGUUACAUCCAAGCUUGCCGAGGACUGAUGAUCUCAGCGGUUUGUCUGGGAUUUUUUGGCUCCAUAUUUGCCCUGGUGGGCAUGAAAUGCACUAAAAUUGGAGGAUCUAACAAAAACAAAUCCAGGAUUGCUUGUUUAGCAGGUGUAACCUAUAUUCUGAGUGGCGCCUGCUCACUCUUAGCAUACUCUAUCUACGCACACCAAAUCAUAUCAGAGUUUUUUGACCCAAAAUUCGUGGAACAAAAGUAUGAGCUGGGAGCUGCUCUCUUCAUUGGCUGGGGAGGUUCAGUCCUGUGUCUUGUGGGAGGCUGCAUAUUCUGCUUCUCCAUAGCAAGCAAUUUUAGCAAAAGCCACAGUCAUUCAGACUACAUCUAUAAGAGUGCUGCCUUACAUUCUCUCGUGUCUUCCAACCCACUGGGGAAGGUGAAGUCCAUAAACCAGAGGCCUUUUCUACAAUACAGCGUCUCCUCCAGGGUGUAAAACUUUUACAAAAAUUUAUGACAAAUGAGAACUAAAACAACACUUUUGAGAGACUUAAGUCUUGACCUCUGGUGAAUCUCAAAUACGUGUAAUGAACAAGAAGUGUAAACCAGAAUUAUAAACUGAUGAAUUUUAUAAUGUUUGGUAGAUAUAGAUUUUUCAUAUUGUGUUUAAUUUGUACAAUUUGAAGUUGUAUUAUUUUCCACAAACAUGAAUAAUGUUCCAAAGCACUCGGAGAGCGCAGAACUCCGCCAAACAGAUCACCACCCCCAAAUCCCAAAAAUGUAAUCAGUUGUACCCCAUCGCAUUUUGGACAUUUCCUGAAAAUUUCUAUAUAAUCCAUCAUAACUUUUUGAGUUAUGCUGCUAGCAGAGACACAAACAACGUAACCUCUUGGCCAAUGCCCUUGGCCAUGCAGAGC